AUGAUAUUAGAGAGAGAAAUUAAUCGAAAUAAAUUAACAAUAAUUGAUUCAGAAAAAGAUAAAUUGAUUGAACGUAAUUCAGGUUAUUACGAUGUCAAUCAUAAAUUUAAUGAAGAGCAAUUACGUUAUUUGGUCUCAGUAUAUCCAUUACAAGUAGAUUUACAACAAUAUCCGAAAAACAAAGAAUUGUAUGCAGAUGGAAAGACAUGUCUAUUUGCUGCAACACGGUUUGAUGAACACUCGUAUCUUGAAUACAGCGUAAAGAAAGAUGCUGCUUUCUGCUUUACAUGGCGAUUGUUUGCUGAAGGUAAUCAACGUAAAGAGAAGCAAGAACAAGAGAUGAUUUUACAAUUGAAUAAACAAGUAAUCAUUAUUUUACUUGAUUCUGCUCGUUAUCUUGUACGACAAGGAUUAGCAUUUCGACGAGACUUAUCGAAUGAAGAACUUGAAAAAUCAUCAUAUGAUUUAAGUCUAAAAUCAUUAUCUGAUACAAGAUGGACUGCAAAUUAUGAAUCUAUUUAUUGUAUUAUUGAGUCAUAUAAUGAAAUUGUCCGUUAUUAUGGAUUGAUUGAAGAAGAAAAACAAUUUGAUCAUGGAACUAAACUACAAGGAAAAAACUUGAGAAACAAAUUAGUUUCAUAUGAAAUAGUUGUGUUAUUAAAAUUUAUGGAAAACAUUACACGGACAAUCAACUCAUUAACAAUUCAUUUACAAUCAAAAUAA